AUGUCCACGGCAGACGUUUUGCCUUCUCAACGCGAAGAGAUAAAACGUAAAAAGUUGUUGAAGACGCUUUUAGGCGUGACAUACAGUUACCUACAACUCACUGAAGGCUACGGAGAUGCUACCGACGCAGACAAGCAGGAGCGAGAACUUAAGGCUUUUUUGAGCAAUAACGACAUCACUCAAGGGGGGCAUCUUCCAUCGAAGGUCACAGAGGAGCAGCUCGUUACAUCCGAAGACAGUGUGGCCCCAACUACUAGCGCAAACAGAGCUAGUGAAGCAAAAAAGCAGUUGGAUGAUGCAGUCCAAAAUGAUUCUAGGCAGGACAAGGAACAGGGGAUUGCGAAUAGUGGCUUUCCAGACUCGGUCGAGCAAAAGACAGCAUCUAAAAUCCCGUCGCAACUAGAGGAGACAACUUUGGAAAAAGGACCCAAUUUAACACCUCCAGAUUCAGGGCGAGGCAUCUAUGCGGAAGAGGGAUCAAGCGGUCAAAAGUUGGUCAAUAAAGAGUCGGAACCUAUCAGAAACGAACUUCAUGGGUUCAUACAAGGCACCUAUGAUGAAUCAAAUAGCAUAAUGGACAUUUCGCCAUUGGGCGGAGACUUGUCUACAAAGCAGCAACAGACCGCUGUGGAGCAGAUCAAUUCUAUAGGAACGCCACAGCCUGCGCCAGGCAUGCGAAAGCAAAUAUUCAAUGGAAUGCAUGUAGAUACGUCCGGGGAUCCUACUUUCAGUCGAAGGCCUCCCAUGAGGAUUGACACUGGCAUGCCCUCCGCGACCAAGGAGACUAGUAUUACUUCAGAGAAAGGUCCCAUCACGGCGUCAGAAACGGCUACUCCUAGUAAAACGGCCCCUUCCUCAUCAAAUGCUCAAUCACCCCCUGAAAGAAUGACUACGCGUGUGUCCUCCGGUGCUCUUCGACAUAAGAGUGUGUCAGAGAUACUUGGAGAAACUCCGAAGACGGCGGCGUCCCCUUCAGAUAGAUAUGCGCAGGAGACCAACAAGAACGAGCAGUCGACUCCACAGUCAGCUGCAUCGCCGGAUGUUGCAGCCUUCAGACUCCGCCUGAGUGAGAUGAAGGAAAAGGAGCGUAGCAAGCUGUCAACUGUAAUUUUUGCAAAGCAGCAGUCUUCGACUGGCUCUCGCCCUCCUGAAAGUUGCCAAAACCAACCAACUGAUAGCGAAGAGAAGCCUUUAGAGGAGAGAGACUAUUUCUUGACUUUCUUUGCUGCACAAGUAUAUCAAUCGCCGCGAGCACCUCCGUUGACCUCUCUUCUUCGACAAGCUCACAAAACCUUGACCACUUCGGAUCACCUAAUAGAAUUUCGUGAGAAGCAAGACUAUCGAAUACUAAAUCACAUAAAGGACAUGCAGCAUUUCAAUCGCUGGUCUCUGCGUCAGCCAGCACGAUCUGUAGAACCACUACGUCCUGCAACACACUGGGAUAUUCUGCUAAGCCAUAUGAAAUGGAUGAGGACCGAUUUUCGUGAGGAGCGUAAAUUCAAACUCGCUGGCGCCAAAUUUCUUGCACAUGCUUGCGCUGCUUGGGUGGCUACCGCAUCGAUAGAUCGCCUGUCACUACAGGUGAAGGUUCGCCAUCCACCGCGGAAGCUGUCUUUCGAGGCCACGUCUGCGACUCCAGAAUUGGUAAAUGACGAAAACAGCGAGAUGACGGAGGAUGAGCUGUCUACAAUGGACUUUACAACAGAGAAGCCACCAGCGACCAUUUUCUCCUUGCCACCGGACGUGUUUGUCUUUGGUCUGAACAGAAGUCCAAUGGCGGAGAAACUCUUGCUAGAGCUGCCCUGCUAUGACCCGGCCAAGGAUGUUCAAGAUGCUGCGCUCAAGGUCACGAAACUCGACCCUGAUGCCAUGUGGAAAACGCCCCUGGUUGCGGUGUCCAAGUACGCUCAUGGCAAAUUGGUUCCCAAUCAUGAAGGUCCUCCUGUAAAGAAGCUUCGUCUGGAUUAUUCGGAUCUUACUCCGAGUAGCGAAGAGUUAGGGCAAGCUUCAUUUGACAGUGUUCUUCGCCCUGUUGAAGAGAAUGUCGCUCUCUUCAAUCCCGAGAACCGGCACGUCAGAGAUCGUAUCCAUGCGGGGCACGCUUUCAAGCCUCCUACUGAGUAUCUCAUGCCUUCAAAAGAAUUCUUUGAAUCACGCUCGCCGUCACAAUGGACGCUAGCUGAAGACGAUGAGCUCCGGAAAUUGGUCCGGGAAUAUUCGUACAAUUGGUCUCUGAUUUCAGACUGCCUUUCAUCUGCAUCAGUGUAUUCCUCCGGUGCUGAAAGAAGGACCCCAUGGGAAUGCUUCGAAAGGUGGAUUAGCUUGGAGGGUCUGCCAGCAGAAAUGUCUAAAGUGCCCUACUUCCGGACAUAUCAUCAAAGAUUGCAGCAAGCCGCCAGAACAUACGAGGCACGCCAACAAGCUUUAAUCCAGCAAAACGGUGGUAAUCCAGCACAACUACCUCUUCGCCGACGCUCUAAUCAACCGUAUAAUGUGGAAAAGCGUAAGAAUAAUAAGCCGCUUCAUCUCAUUGACGCAAUGCGCAAACAUGCGAAAAAGAAGGAAGCCGCAGCGCACAAACAACAGCAGCAGGGUGAGUGA